ACUGAUCUAUACUCUGCGCGUGAUGAAUUUGUGUGGAAUGAUUAGAACUCUGCUUGAGGAGGUCAAUGAAAAUAACGGGACAAUGGAGCCCGUGCGGUUCCCUGUGGCCGCGCCGGCGGAGAUUCCUGCUCCAGCCCCGGCCGGUUCAAGUGCGGACGCCCAGAUCUAUCGGCCGGAAGCAUCCUGCGGGGAUAAGGCUCAGGGGUCCGAGCACUCAAUAGAGCAGUUGGACCCGAAGACACCAGGAUGGACGCAAAGGGUGCGUGUAGGUGCUGCUGCUCCAGGAAGGCCUCCUUGUGCGAACAGGAUCACGGCGCUGGAGAAAACCGUUAGGGAGUUCGCGGAUCAUCCAAGAGACAUAGUUAUGGUGCCAAAGAUUGGAACAAGUUUCGACACCCUCGGAGAAGCAUACGACUUUUACUAUUUAUACUCAUGGGAGAAAGGGUUUGGUAUUCGCUACGGAAAGAGUAGGCUGAACGUGAACAGGAGCAAGUGUAUGCAAGAGAUCGUGUGUGGAUGCGCGGUAAGAGGAAAGAUAGACCAAACAUAUAUUAACAAUAUUUAAUGCUAGGACACAUAUAUGGUGUGGAAAUUAAAUAAGAUAUUGUUUCCAUUUCGUACUACUGAA